GUAUCUCGUAUCUUUCCUGGCUAGAUCACAUCUCUCAACCUCCGUUUUUUCCAAGAAAAAAGAUCACGACAUCUCGUUCUGGCGGCGCCGUGCCAUCUGCAGCUCCAUCAAGCCGCCAUGGCCGCACCACCAUGCAAGGCACAACAAACUCUAUGUCAUCGCGUGUGCGCCAUACUUCCCGAUGAGAUCAUGGAGGAAAUCUUUGUGAGGCUGCCACCCAAAACAGUGGGCCGGUGCCGCUGCCUCUCGCGCACCUGGGCCGCGGCGCUCUCCCAUGACGCCUUCGUCGACCGCCAUCGCCGGCUCGCCAGCGGCCGCGGCGGUCUCAAGCUUUUCUUCCUCCACGACGCGAAGGCAGGCAACAUGGAGGUACGAUCAUGGUCACUUGCUGACCGCUCCCUCGCCGCAUCACCCGUAGCCGUCUUCCCGGAUGGCAUGCGCACCAGAUGCAGCUCGCGGUGUCACGGGCUCGUCAUCAUGGAGAACACCGCGAACGGGAUCCACUACGUCUGCAACCCGUCCACUGGCGAGAUGACUGCGCUUCCGCGGCACGGGUUGAAUGAUAAGAGCCUGGGGAUCGGCUACGACGCGCGUAGCAAGAAGCACAAGAUGGUGCUUAUCUCCUACUCCUACCACAGGGACUUGGACGGCACCGAGUUCCGCUUCCGCACUGUUUGUGAGGUCUAUGAGAUCAACUCCAAGGGCGCCUGGCGACCACCGGCGAGCAGCUCCGCACUGGGCAUGGUGAGAUUGGACAGUACGUCUGUCUUCGCGCAAGGCCACCUAUACUGGAGGGGGUUCGGGCGCCAGAACCCGAAGAUAAUCUCCUUCUCGCUCUCAGAUGAGGCUUUCGAGGUCUUGCCGCCGCCACCAUCCUGUCAUGGUAUAGACCAGCUUUACGGGCUGGCGGAGCUCGGGGGACACCUGUGCCUCUUCGGCACAGCUACCGAACCUGUACAACAACAUGACAUAUGGUUGUUGCGCGACCACGAGGCCGGUGUGUGGGAUCUACACUGCCGCAUAGACCUGAAUGCGGCGUGGCCGCUGGAGGUCAUGCAGUUCUCGAUAUGCCGGAGCAGCCCCAGCCCACUCGCCUUCAUCGACGAUGAUCGCCGCAUCCUGUUCAGGGUGUACUGCAAGUUGUCAAAAGAGGAAAGAUUCAAGAGCGCUUACAAACUUUAUGCGUAUAACCCUGCGACCGGCAAUGCCGAGAGCCUUGGCUUUCUCCCCCACAAGAGCACGCCACCCGAGUUGUAUGAGGAAAGUGUCGUCUCCACAGGUAGGCCAUUCGAAGACAUCGUAUCCUCAUCCGCGUCUCAAGAGGCGUAGUACGACCCAUCAGAGUCUUCUAUCACAUGCACGAACCAUGUUUUCUCUGUUAAUUAUAGAGCCUGAAACACAUAAGGUUCGUCAUUAGGAUUAUCCCCUCUGUGUUUUUAUUUACUCUAUAUAUUAGGUUUGUCCUAAGUUAAACUUUAUAAAGUUUGACCAAAGUUACAGGAAACAAUAUGUUUGCUAUCGCAAACAUAUGUGAUAUGAAAAUGCAUUCAAUGAUGAUGAAAUCAUAGAUAGAUGUUAAUAAAUUUUUGUAUAAACUGGAACAAAGUACACAAAAU